GCGUCAGCAGCCAUUUUAGCUGCAAAAGACAUGCACUGUGCUGCCCUCCCUCCGACUAUGGAGCACUGACGGGGAGGAAGAUAACUUAUAAGUCUCUAUCAGACUGACGGCCGUGAGUCAUUUUCUAUCUGUCGUUCCUAUGGACGUUCCCUCCUAAUGCUUUACUGCAGAAAAAUAGCUCAAGACAGUGUUGUUUGACAGUGAUACAGGUGGACGCCGAGGUGUCAUGGUGACACUGAAUAACCUGAGCGUAGAGGACCCGGACGAUGGCUCUCCGCUCCUGCCCGAGGCCGCAGAGGCCGGGACACCAACGCUCGUCUCUCGCGGACACAGAGUGAUCAGAAAAACCGACCCUGCGGAGUUUUUCCUCAGCAGGACAGAGAACCUUGCCCUCAGUUUACUGCUGCUGAUCGGAUGUUACUUGGCUAUUCUGAUUCCUGCGUACUUGCCUUUGGAUGAGGUGGCAACUCUCAGCGACGACAACCAAUACACUCAAGAUCUGGUCUUAUUAAAUCGGUCUGCUUCCCUGGUCUCAGGCCCGUGUUGGCCUCGCUGGAGCCAGAAACGUCUCAAAGCCCUGUCCCGUUCUUCAGGCCUCCAAGACAUCCCUGUGUUUGUGCAGAACAGGUCUGUGCUGUGGACCCAGUCCCCUCCUCUGGGGCUGCAGGGCAGUGAAGAGCAUCUGGCCUUAGCUCUUGCCUCUCUGCCUCAACCUGGACUGCCUCCAUCGCUGAAGAGAAAAGGUAGAUGCAGGAAAUGUGUGGUGGUGGGCAAUGGGGGAGUUCUCCACGGGAGCCACCUUGGAUCAGAUAUAGAUCAGUAUGACAUCAUUAUCAGGCUGAAUAAUGCUCCCGUGUCUGGCUUCGAGAGAGACGCUGGCUCGCGCACCACCAUCCGUCUGGUCUACCCAGAGGGAGCACCACACUCUGCAAAUGAGUACGGCAAGACCGCCAUGGUGGCUCUGGUGGUCUUCAAGGGCCUGGACCUGGACUGGCUCACUUCUGUCAUCACCAAACAGCCUCUGAGCUUCUGGUCCAAAAUGUGGUUCUGGAGAGAGGUGGUAGAUGAUAUCCCCCUGGGACCAGAGAGCUUCAGAAUCCUCCACCCGGAGAUUAUUCACAAGACGGGGGAAGUGUUGCAGAAAUACGCUCUGAAACAGGGAAAUAUGCUGCCAACGUUAGGCGCCGGCGCAGUGGUGAUGGCCCUGCAGCUGUGCGACCAGGUGAGCCUGGCAGGGUUUGGGUACGACAUGCAACGGCCACAGGCCAGACUUCACUACUAUGAGGACAUACGCAUGGACGCCAUGAAGGCUCAGGUGGUGCACGACAUCAGCGCCGAGAAACUCUUCUUGAGGGACCUGGUGGCUGCAGGGGCUGUGGCUGAUCUCACAGGAGCUCUCUGAGUCAAAUGAUGUAUUGAUAUUAUUAUAUAAUUCCAAUACAUGUUGGAACCCUGCACGGCGUCGAUCGGCCUUCAAAGCACUCCGAGACUCCAUGACGGACUGAUGAUUAAACCUUGUUAUGUUAUGUUAAAAUGUUAUAUGUUAAAAUAGCAGAGACGCAGCCCUCAUUCCAACUCACUGGACUUAUUUGAGUUUUAUGCAAAACGUCGGACAGUGCUGUUAAAGUUGUGAUUGUGAAGACAGAAUAAACAAGUCAAUGUCA